CUCUAAUCCUAAAUCCUCCCUUCAUGAACAUCACCCAGAAGUAGAAGUAAGAUUAGAAGAAGGAAGGAAGCAGAACCAGAAUUCUCUGAUUCACCAGACAGGCAACCAUCACGAAACAUGAGUGAGCAGAAGAAUUCUACUGAAUCCGACGACCAAGUUGCUGCCUCUGCCGCUGCUGCCGCUGCUGCUGCUGCUGCUGCAAGUAGUACUACUACUCCCUCAAAACAACAGCCGAAAAUCGCCGGAGAUUCAAAUGAGUACAAAAAGCAGCAAAAGCCGCCGCCGGAGGCUGACGAUGACGACGGAGUUAUUGAAUUAAAAGAUAAAGAGUCUGGAAAGAAAAUACAAGUUGAAUUGCAAGACCAGUCGUCGUCCCCCUCAACUAAUGAUGAUAUUGAAAAGGAAGCAGCUGCCGAUAUUUAUAAUAAUUCAGAUGGAAAAGGAGAUGAGGAUGAAUCUGGACGUGAGAGACUAAAGAGACAUCAUAAGGAAGUAGCAGGUCGAGUAUGGAUACCAGAGAAAUGGGGUAAGGAGGAGCUUCUCAAGGAUUGGAUCGAUUGUUCUGCCUUCAAUGCUUCCCUGGUUCCCACUGGAAUCAUGUCUGCCAGAGCUGCUUUAAUCCAGGAAGGACCACCACCGAAAUUCAGGUGGAAUUAAGUAUAUAUGUAUAUAUAGAGAUAAUAAAGUUAGCUUAAGAUGAUACGACUACCUUUUGCCUUUUGUCAAUCUCAUUCAUCUGUCCCUUACCUUUAAAUAAUAAUAGAAAAGAAACGUAUAUGGUGCUUUGAUGCUUGGUAA